AUGGGUCGCCCUCUUCUAAGCGGGGCUCGGCCAUUUUCCAUCGCCAUUUUCCAGUCGUCCUUCCUGUCAUAUCGUCCGCACCGUCUUCGCUCCCCUCUUCUCACCCCUCCUGCCCCUCCAUUUAAUCCCGCCUGCUUGCGCUUCUUGUCUCAAAGUCCCGCUUUAACUGCUUCCCUCCGCUGGUACCAAGACGUGCCCACCAUGACGGACCUUCCUGCGGUUGAGGGGCUCACCCUGCAUUCGACCACCGAGUCCUCCAAGUUCCCCAACUGCUAUCCUUCCCUGAACCCCGUCGAUAUCUACCGUGAGCAUAUCGCCGAGAAGCUGGGCGCCGCCACCGGCAUCGAGUCCGAGAAGAUCUAUGCCCGUUUGCAAUGGACGAACACGCUGGAGAAGGGUGACCUGGUGCUGCCGGUCCCCUCCUUGCAAAUCAAGAAGAACCCCGCGGAACUCUGCAAGGAACUCGCCGAGAAGUUCCCCGAGUCGGACCUGAUCCACCCCCCGACCUCCUUCGGCGUGCACCUACAAUUCUUCUUCAAGCCCCAGGGCUUGACCAGCACCGUCAUCUCUCGCAUCCUCAAGGAGAAGGAAGUGUAUGGCACCAAUGGCAACCAGGGCCUGCGCGACCCCUCGGACCCUUCCAAGGGCAAGAAGAAGAUGAUCGUCGAGUUCUCCUCCCCCAACAUCGCCAAGCCCUUCCACGCGGGUCACUUGCGGAGUACCAUCAUCGGAGGUUUCCUGGCGAACCUGUACACCGUCAUGGGAUGGGACGUCAUCAAGAUGAACUACCUCGGUGACUGGGGUAAGCAGUACGGUCUGCUGGCGAACGGCUACAAGCACUUCGGCGAUGAGCAGAAGCUGUUGCAGGAUCCCAUCAACCACCUGUUUGAUGUCUACGUGAAGAUCAACAACGUCGUGGCCGAGCAUGACGCCCCCAUCAAGGAGCUGAAGGAGCAGAUCAAAGCGAAGAAGGAGAAGAAUGAGGACGUGGCUGCUCUCGAGCAGGAGCUCGCCAAGCUCGUCGAGGUUAGCGAGGACGAGAAGGCUCGUCGCUACUUCAAGAGCAUGGAGGAUGGCGACGAAGAGGCUCUCGCACUGUGGCGCCGAUUCCGUGACCUGAGUAUCCAGAAGUACAAGCAGACGUAUGCCCGCCUGAACAUUGACUUCGACGUCUACUCGGGAGAGUCCCAGAUCAAGAACGAGAGCAUGGCCGCGGCCUACAAGACCAUGGAGGAGAAGAACGUCUCCGAGAAGUCCGACGGCGCGGUCAUCGUGGACUUCACUAAGCACGGCGCCAAGAAGCUCGGAAAGGCCAUCAUCGUGCGAAAAGAUGGCACGCCGCUCUACCUGACCCGUGAUAUUGGUGCCAUCACUGAGCGUGACGAGGCCUACCACUUCGAUAAGAUGAUCUACGUCGUUGCCGCCCAGCAGGACCUUCAUCUGGCCCAGCUCUUCAAGGUCACCGAGCUGAUGGGUCACAAGGAUCUGGCCAGCCGCUGCCAGCACAUCAACUUCGGCAUGGUCCGCGGCAUGAGUACCCGCAAGGGUACCGUCAAGUUCUUGGACGACAUUCUGCGGGAUGUCGGUGACAAAAUGCACGAGGUCAUGAAGAAGAAUCAGGAGAAAUACGAGCAGGUCGAGAACCCCGAGCAGACGGCCGACAUCCUGGGUAUCACGUCCGUCAUGGUUCAGGACAUGACUGGCAAGCGUGUCAACGGCUACGACUUCAACCUGGACGCCAUGACUUCUUUCGAGGGUGACACCGGUCCCUACCUGCAGUACGCCCACGCUCGUUUGUGCUCCAUCGUCCGCAAGUCCGGAUUGAACAUCGACGAGCUUGACACCGCCAACCUGGAUCUUCUGACCGAGCGCCACGCCCACGACCUCGCGCGUCUGCUGGCCCAAUGGCCUGAUACCCUGCUGAACACCACUCGCACCCUGGAACCCACCACCGUCCUCACCUACCUCUUCCGCAUGACGCAUAUCCUUAGCUCCAGUUACGACGUGCUCAAGGUGGUGGGUAGUGAGCCCGAGAUUAAGAAGGCCCGUAUGGCUCUCUACGAGUCUGCCCGAGUUGUUUUGAACAACGGAAUGCGGGUGUUGGGUCUCAGCCCCGUUCAACGGAUGUAA